AUGGUCACGGUGGCAUACUGGAGACAGGCCGGCCUCAGCUACAUCCGCUACUCUCAGAUCUGUGCUCUGGCUGUGAGGGCGGCACUGAAGCCCCAGUUUAAGGCAGAAGCAGAUAAGGUAGCGGCUACCAAUGUGAGGGUCAUCAAACCGAAGAAAGAAUGAUCAAUGCUGAACACUAGAACCUCCUGAUAGAAUGGAUUAUCCUUUGGUUGUUUCCUGAAUACGUCUACAUCUGUAAAAUGUGUUUCUAAUUUAAACCAUAAGACCAAAUAAAACUGGGAUUGUUUUA